AUGAAAUUCUUUCUCUCUGAAAGCUUGCUCCUCGCCACUACCGUCCUGGGCACGGCGGUACCAAGAGCCGAGAAAAAGGUCGACUAUACGGGCUUUAAGGUCCUCCGUCUGUCGCUUCACAAGGCUACCAACAACAUCGAGGAGCAGAUUGAGAAAGUCGCCGCUCAUAUUCUCAACCCUGGGAAGUCGACGCUCGAUGUCGUUGUUUCGCCUGACUCGGUUGCUGCUGUGAAGGCACUCGUGCCGGAGAGUAUCGUUAUCAAUGAAGAUCUCGGCGCGUCGUUGGCUGAAGAGGGUGAACUGGUGUCUCCGGACUUCAGCGUUUCUGCAGUCCCCAGCGAGACAUGGUUCACGGCUUAUCAUCCGUAUGCCGACCAUCUGACGUUCCUGAGCGACCUGCAAGGCGGGUUCCCUUCUCAGUCCGAGAUCUUCACAGCGGGAACGUCCGUUCAAGGUCGCGCUUUGACUGGCAUCCAUAUUUGGGGAUCGGGCGGCAAGGGUUCGAAGCCUGCAGUUCUGAUCCACGGCACUGUCCAUGCGCGCGAAUGGAUCACUACCAUGACGACCGAGUACUUCGCGUGGCAGUUGCUUACCAAGUACGCUUCCGAUGCGACCGUGAAGUCUCUCGUCGACAAAUACGACUACUACAUCAUUCCGGCCGUCAACCCUGAUGGCUUUGUCUAUUCCCAGACCAACGACCGUCUCUGGCGCAAGAACCGCCAGACUGUCAGCAGCAGCACUUGCGUCGGGCGCGACAUCAACCGUAACUGGCCUUUCAAGUGGGAGGUUACCGGUGGAGCAUCGACGAGUCCCUGCUCGGAGACAUACAAGGGACAGGCUGCUGGUGAUGCGCCCGAAAACAAGGGGCUGGUGGCGCAGGUCAACUCGUUGCGCGCUGGCACAGGUAUCCGUCUAUACCUCGAUAUCCACUCGUAUGGGCAGUAUAUCUUGUGGCCAUACGGCUACGACUGCUCGCUCGUCGUACACAACAGCGCGCAGCACCGCAGCAUUGCCACGAGCGCCGCUGCCGCCAUCAAAGCUGUCUCGGGAACCAGCUAUACGAUUGGUCCGUCCUGUUCGACGUUGUACGCCACAACGGGUAGCUCUGUCGAUUACAUCGAUGCAACUGGUAACGCUACGUACAGCUACACUUGGGAGCUGAGGGAUACCGGGACGUACGGAUUCCAAUUACCGGCGAGCCAGAUUCAGCCCACGGUCAGAGAGACAUGGGCAGGACUUGUGUCGACAUUGCAGAAUGCUGGGUAGGGGUGAAGGUCAACGAUACUUGAGAUGAGGCAGUUGCCCAGUGGCGACGAGGCCGGGAGGUCACAUAUCGAGGAUCCAGAAUAGAAUCGCACUGCUGAUGAAGGGGCGCAUGGAAUAUAAGUGUGCUAGGAUAUUGAUUCUGUUAAACGGUACUGUGG